AUGGAGUCGGAGUCAUCUGCGACAGGCGAGUCCCAUCCAACAUUCCUCCCGCCUAGUGAACUAGGCACGAAGGACUACUGGGAAUCAUACUACGAACGAACAUUGGCGUAUAUAUCUAUCAAGAACCCAAGAGGAAAGGAAAAGGAGCACGAUUUCAGCGAUGACGACGAUGAUGAUGAUGACUAUAACCACAACGAUGAAAGUGAAGACGACGACGAUGACCCUGGCACAUCGUGGUUCUCGGAACACAAAGCGCCUGAGAAGGUUCUUAAUUUUUUAACGGAUGAGUCGUUUCCACUUGCACCGGUGAAUACCAAUACCAACGUGGACGUGGAGACGAGUCAGCAAGAACAGUCUCAACCGUGUAUCCUUGACUUGGGGACGGGGAAUGGGAGUAUGCUCGCUCUCCUACGGAAGGGCGGUUUUACUGGUCCUAUGGUGGGGGUGGAUUACUCGGCGAGAAGUGUGGAGUUGGCGAGGGAGUUGCAGAGAUUGAGAUUGGAGGGGCGUUAUUCUGGUACUGGUACUGCGGCUGGGGACAGAGAGCACGAGGAUAUUGUCGUUGCGACGGAGAAUGGUACGAAUGAGGCUGUUCCGAUCUCUAUUUCUACCUCGAACAACAACCCCGGUGAAACUCAGUAUGGAAAACCCGAAGAAGACGCAGACGCCGUCCGAUUCGAAGAAUGGGAUAUCCUAUCCUCUACGCAUGCGCUGUCUAAGAAGGAGCUCCAGGACGCUUCUCGUCCGCGCUUAGACUGGUUCCCGUAUGACAGGGACGGGUUCGAUAUCGUGCUUGACAAGGGGACGUUUGACGCGGUGUCGCUUUCUGAUGAGGUUGUUGAGGAUGCCGAUCAGAGUGGGAAUGGGAUGGUUGUUCGGCAGAGAGUGUGCGAGCGGUAUCCUAUUAUCGCGCGAAGACUGGUGAGGAAGGGCGGGUUUCUAGUUGUUACGAGCUGCAAUUGGACUGAGGCAGAGUUGAUCCGGUGGUUUACGGAUGAUGUUCAUGAUGGUGACGAUGAUGGUCGGUUGUCUGUUUGGGGACGCAUCGAGUAUCCCCGGUUUAGAUUUGGGGGACAGGAGGGCCAGGGUGUUUGUACGGUGUGUUUUCAGAAGGGGUAG